UAGGGGCGUGGCCCUACUGUUUUCUUCAUUCUGGACCGUGAGUUGGUUUGUUGUCAAGAUGGAGUUCUUACUGGGAAACCCAUAUAGCACUCCGGUGGGCCAGUGUAUUGAAAAGGCCACGGACGGGUCUCUUCAGAGUGAGGAUUGGACACUGAACAUGGAAAUAUGUGACAUCAUCAAUGAAACAGAGGACGGCCCAAAGGAUGCCAUGAGGGCUGUUAAAAAGAGGCUGAAUGGGAACAAAAACUACAGAGAGGUGAUGCUGACCUUAACGGUCCUUGAGACAUGUGUCAAGAACUGUGGUUAUCGUUUCCAUGCCCUUGUCACAACACGUGACUUCAUUGAUGGUGUCCUCGUGAAAAUUAUUUCACCUAAAAACAACCCUCCUACCAUUGUGCAAGACAAAGUGCUCGCUCUCGUUCAGGCUUGGGCAGAUGCGUUCAGGAGUAGUCCUGACCUGACAGGCGUGGUCCACGUCUAUGAGGAGCUGAAGAGGAAAGGCAUAGAGUUCCCCAUGUCAGAGAUGGAGUCCCUGUCUCCCAUCCACACACCAGUGCGGCCUCUGACUGCACCUGAGGGGGACCAAUUACUGCAGAAGUACAGCAGCCCUCCGCAGCCCAAACCUCAGCCAGUCACUGGCACCGCUCCCCCCUUCAGCGCCCCCCCGCCGGCACAAUCCGCCCCACAGAUCCCCCCCAACCUCGCCGUGGCCGGACCCAUCAACCCCAACGCCGAACAGAUUUGUCGGCUGCGCAGUGAGCUGGACAUCGUGCGCGGGAACAUUAAGGUGAUGUCGGAGAUGCUGACUGAGAUGGUGCCGGGACAGGAAGACCCCUCUGACCACGAGCUUCUGCAGGAGCUGAACCGCACAUGCAGGGCCAUGCAACAGAGGAUCGUGGAGCUCAUCUCGCGCGUGGCCAAUGAGGAGGUGACCGAAGAGCUGCUGCACGUCAACGACGACCUCAACAACAUCUUCCUCAGAUACGAAAGAUAUGAGCGGUUCCGGUCAGGCCGGUCGGCCCAGGGAAUCAACAACGGACUGAGGCAGGUUCUCAGUGAGGCCACAGAGGACAACCUCAUAGACCUGGGCCCUGGCUCUCCUGCUGUGGUUACCCCCAUGGUCAGCGCCACGCCGCCCUCCAGCCUGCCCUCCAGCAUUCCCGCCAGCCUGCCUGCCAGCCUGCCUACCAGCCUGCCCGCCUCGGUGGCCCCUGUCCGCUCCGCCUCCCCAGCCUCCCUUGCUUCAAAGCUGGCAACGCUAGAUGUGGGUGGAGACAGUGUGAGUGGCACGCUCAGUGCCCUCAUCCAACCGCAGGACGACUUUGACAUGUUUGCCCAGACCAGGACUGGCGCUGCGCCUGAGCAGCGCAAGAACCCGCCGUUUGAAGACCCCCAGGCCGCCGACGAGCCGCCCCCCACUCUGGAGGUUAGACAACAGACGCAGGCCGGGGUUGCACAGUCCUCUGUCAUGGAUGACAUAGAGGAGUGGCUCUGUACCGACGUGAGAGGAGACGAAGCUGAGGAAGGUGUGACCAGUGAAGAGUUUGACAAGUUCCUGGAGGAGCGGGCCAAGGCAGCGGAGAUGGUGCCCACCUUACCGUCUCCCCCUGGUGGCGACCUCCCCUCGGUGGCGAGCUCCACCCCAAGUGCCGGCAAGAAAGCCGAGCGGCCGGCGGACGCCCUGUUUACCAUGUAGACGCCCCUCCGCCGCUCCUCCCCUCGGCCCCCAGCGCCGCUCGGCAAACCCGGUCGACAUAGCGUUAGGUCUUGCUCCAAUAUACCACCAUCCCACCCCACAGGCCUCCACCCUCUCGCUGACUCCAUGUGCUACCCCCCACUAUCCACAAGUUGACCAUCCCUGCUGCUGCCUCCACUCACACUACCGGUUAUUGGACUACUUUUGGCUACUUUACCAUGAAGGGAACCCACAGACAUUUUCAUACCAAGGUUGUUUUUUUCCAUACGGUUUCAAAGAUGCUCCAUUGAUCUCCCGUUGAUUGAUGCCUGCGAAAUGCAAGUGGAACAAGGUUCCACGUGAUGUUGAGAGUUUUACAGACCUUAUUGUAGCAGAGCCGUUUUUAUUUUUCAUUUGUCCUUGAAGCAGUAUUUGACUUGAACACAUUUCUCAGCCUCCAUCAAAGAUGAUGUCACUUGGCUCCUUUUAAACCUGCAGUGGGAUAUUUCUGAAAAGGGGAGUAAAUGAGUGUAACCAUGAAAUUUAAAGAUGCACACCUUCAUUUAUCUGUAGUAGCGCAAUGAAAUUCUGUAUUUUCAUCCCAGUUUAUAAAAAAAAAAUGUCAUGUUCUGUUAUUACAACACAGUUAGGUUAACAAGGUUACUCAACAAGAAAAUUAGACCACUUCAAGUCGGUUCGGCAUAAUUAUAUGCGUUUAUUUUUUAUUUUUUCCAAAGGGCAUACACCUGUACUUUUAUCUGCAUUUUAGCCGCAUUUACAGUAGCUGUCUUUAAAAAGGGAUUAUGCACCAUUAUUUCAUUGAAUAUUGCUUCAAGGUACACUUGACAGAGGCUGUCAUACAGUCCAUUGUAUGUCUUUUGAAAUGGAAGUGGCUUCAACCACCAGCUGACCAUGUUGGCCACAUCUCCUGUGCAUGCCUUUAUGGCUUCAUCAGUCACUGCACUCUUACUCCCCACACAGAGAAUGAGGGGAAUUAUAUAUGAGGUUUGUGUUAGGGGUUGUUGUACUCAUUUAAUCCCAUGGUUGAGUUUCCCCUUUUCCAUUGACAUAGUUGUUCCGCAGUUUGUAACAUCAGUAAACCCCUUCUAGUAUAGCUUUGUAAGAAACUGGUUGCUGUGUUGGUCUGUGAUUUGUAGAAACCUUUCAUCAUUUUGAUUUUCACCCUUCCAGCUGUUUUUGAAUAGGAUCAAUGGUUGGUGAUGGUAUCUGUAGUUGUAACUGGAAAACAAAAUGUGUCAUUCUGUCGUCUGACAAAAUAAGGGAAUACCAUUGCAGGAGCAAAGGGAGAUCAAGGUUGUUUUUGUUGUUGUUGUUGUUGUUGUUGUUGUCCCUCCCUCUUCUUUUGAUACAGAAGUUAUUCUGUUUAGAUGUCAUGGAAUGGCUCCAUGUGACUACAUUACCUCACAGAAGCAGCUAAUAAUAAGGGACAAGAGGAGAGGGAGAGAGACACGUAUAUGCAUGAGUUGCCUAGGUAACCCCUCUACAUGUCGUAGUAUGUACAUACGGGAUAUUUAAGGUAAAGCUGUUUUAAUGACCUCACCUAAGACAUCUAUGAGUUAAUCAAUGCACAAUCGUUUUUUGAGUUGCAUAACGUAGGAAAAACAUGAUCAGUAUACUUUAAUGGAGACCUUACCAGGGGUUUUGUGUGGUACAGAAUGCUGUGCACUGAGACAAUUAUAUUUAUUGAAAUGAGAGUGCUGGAACAAUGGAGUAUAACGCUAAGGGAAUAGCAUGUAUUGCUAGCAUGAGGAAGUUGCAUUAUUUGGUGCCGAGAAGCAGCUGAAAUGCUGUAAGCUGAAGUCGUGUAGGGGGUCAUAAUUGGACUUGGACUCCCACACCUGUACACUGUAAAAUAUGUCAAAUACUUUGGAAGGUCUAAGUGGCUAACCAUUAAGGAUCUACAGCUCCAACAGUUCCUUGCCCAUGUGCAAUGAGUUGAGUGUAACAGAACAAAUGGACCAAACCAUGCUAUGUAACGUAGUUGGCUAUUUGAAUGUUCAGAAGACCAAUUGGUGUGUUGGUAUUUCCAGAUAUUCUACACUUUUAAAUCCGGUUGAGUUGCUGCUUAUGAACCUGUUGUAAUUUUUGUGAUUUGGUAUGAGUCACUCGUUAUUAUUCAGGCAUCUCUGCUGGGAAUCCUUUCAAAACGGGGAGGCUUGUGUCGUCUAGGUGGCUUAUUUGGCUGUUUUGGUUUGUGGAAAUGGUCCAGAGAACCAUGUCAUCGAACACCGGAAGUCACUUAGAUUGUGAUUCUGCAGCUUUGGACGUGUCUCAGACUCUUGAGUGCAUCAGGCAGAUUCCUUGGUAUAUUUACUGAAGAAACUCUUCAUUGAGUUUUGCUGAGGUGUUGGUCAUUCAGUCAUUCAUUCUUGGUAUAUUCUGACACUAUUGACAAUUGGUUUAUUUAGCUGCACAAUCAGGGUUCUCAAUAACCCUUGCUGGAAUGUGCAUAUUACUCAGUUUUUGAUCAUAUUUCUGCACUUUUUGUUGUUAGUUGAUUUUAAAAGCAGGAAACUCUAAACAACUUACAUUUUAUGUUGUUCCCUCAGAAGGAAAUAGUUGGUUGGGAUAUUGUAAAAUGUGUCUUUAAUUUGAGAAUGUAGAAAUAAUUUAUUUGCAUUUUACUUUUGAAUAUUGUUAUUAUGGACUGUCCUUCAGUAUGUAUGUGUAUGUAUGUUUUCCUUUUGCUGGGCCCUGUCACUUUUCAAUAUGGAAAUUUCUGAGCUUUUGUAAACCGUAUACGUGGGCAGUUGGUUGUCACGUUUCUUUUCGUUUUUCAUCUUUGCAACCCGUUUUGGCUAAAUAAUGCAAUUCGUCCAGGCUGUCAGUGCUGGCUUUUACCUGACAUGAUCAUCAAAAGCAAAUCCCAUGGCAUUUCGGUCCACCUGAGGCCAUGUACCGUAUUUGUUUGGCUGGUCUGAACUCUGAGAUUGCGUUGUCAUUCCCCUCGUCUUCGCCUGCUAGUUCUGUUCAGCUGUACCUGCCAGAGCCCUUUUUUGUACUCGCCAGGCAACAGCCAUCUGGUUUAAGAAGAGAGAGCCUCCACGUGCACUUGGGCACUUGUGUUCCAGUAAUGAGCGGACGCUGCUCUUGGGGUGGGGGGGGGUGGGGGGUAAACUCAGUCAAGCUAGGAAGCUCAUGUACCUCAACAAAUAGUGGGUAUUUUUUGUACUUCUGCUGUACGGGGGCUCCAGCACAGGCCAUGGUCAUAAAGAACUAUGUGAGGUUAAAGAGGAACUGGGCUGCUGAAUGUCAUCAUGUUAAACUUUCAUAAAGGGAUCUCUUUGACUGCGACUGUGUUGCACGUGCCGACCGCAACAGAGCUCCUCCACAUGGACGGUCGGACGGUGGCGAGAGCUGUGGUUGGCAACGCAGCCGUCACUGAAGGUGUGUCUCUGUCUGUGUGUUUGUGUGUGUGUAUCUGCGUGCGUGCGUGUGUGUGUGUGUGUGUGUGUGUGUGUGUGUGUGUGUGCGUGUGUAUUUGUGUGUGUGCCCCCUCGCUGUUGCCUCAAGUUUCUCUCUACCGUUUGACUCAUGCAUGUGUUGAACUCCAAUAAAACAUUAGCAGAUGCUGA